AAUAUUUUUAGAAAUUGCAUGAAUUUGAACUCAAGAAAUACAGGGAAUUGGGAAGAAUCCAUGGAAUUUUAGAUGGAUUCAAACCUGCUAUCUCUGUGGCUGAGCCAGAACUUUUGAAAAAGAUCUUGGUGAAGGACUUCCAUGCAUUUUCAAGGGUGCGGGAUUUCACAGUCAGUGAUUUUGUAAUGGACAAGAUGCUAUUCGCUCUUCAAGAUGAAGAUUGGAAACGAGUUCGCACAAUUCUAACUCCAACUUUCACUUCCAAGAGAAUGAGAGAUAUGGCUGAACAGAUUGGAAAGUGUGCAGAUGUUAUUACCAAUUCCUUUCUGAAAGCUGCUGAUGAGGGAAAACCAGUAGAUUGUAAAAAGUAUUUUGAAAGCUUAACCAUGGACAUUAUAGCACAAUGUGCCUUUGGUAUUAAAAUAAGUUCCCUUGAUGACCCAAACAAUCAAUUUGUUUUGAAUGGCAAGAAGUUUUUUAGUGGAUCUUGGAGAUUUUUGUUGUUUAUUUUAUUUCCUUGGGUAUUUAGAACAUUGAACAUUGGUCUAAUAGACUCUCAAGCUGAACAGUUUUUUAAGGAUACUACAAUGAAAUUGAUAGAAGAAAGAAGAAAAUCCAAUCAGCAACACUCAAAAUACAAUGAUUUUCUUCAACUUUUGGUGGAUGCUCAGAAUCUUGAAACUAAAGAUGGGGAAUUUCUAGAGACUGGCAGUGACAGCAAAGGAAAGAGUAACAAGCUAAAGGCACUAUCAGAAGAUGAGAUGAUAUCACAGUGCUGCAUGUUUUUUGUUGUGGGUUUCCAGACGACUUCCUUAACUUUGUCUUUUAUUUUAUACAAUAUUGCCGUUAACCCAGAGUGUCAGGAAAAACUGGUACAGGAGAUCAAAGAAGCUCUACAGAAUCAGAACGAAUGUCUUCAUGAUACUGUUUGCAAAAUGAAUUAUUUUGAUGCUGUUAUUUCUGAGACUCUCCGAAUGUACCCACCAGCAAUUUUUUCAGAGCGACGUGCUACCGAGGAUUAUGUUUUAGAUGAUGCUGACAUAGUCAUUCCAAAGGACAUGAUUAUUCACUAUCCCAUAUAUGCUAUUCACCAUGACCCAGAGUGGUUUCCCAACCCAGAAACUUUUAAUCCAGACAGGUUUUUACCAGAGAACAAAGAUUCAAUUUUGCCGUAUACCUAUUUUCCAUUUGGUGCAGGGCCACGGAACUGUAUUGGAAUGCGAUUUGCUCAGCUAGUACUAAAGAUUUGUCUUUUGAAGAUUUUGACUGGUGUUAAGUUUUCCAGAUGCAAAGAAACAAAGGUACCACUUGGUUUACAUAAUGAAUUGGGUCUUCUUGAGCCAGAAGAAGUCAUUUUGAAACUAGAGAGAAGAGAAACAUAAGGUCAAGAUAUGUAUUUGUGUAGUGUGGUAGCAGCAAAUUCCUGAAAAUGGCCCUUUCUCAGAACGUGUUCAUCUUAACCUUGGUAGUCAUUUGACUUCUGCUCAUCAUCUUAAUUUUGAAAACUGUAAAGUAUUAUUAGUCUGUAUUUUUUUAACUGAGUUUUCUUCAAAAACUUAUUUGUAAUUUUAAAACUUAUGAAAGAAAGCAAUUUUUGAUAUUAAGAUUACUUCAUACAUUUCAUAAAAUGUGAAUAAAUUCAAGGUGAGAUGCUAUAUUUUUAACAUACUUUUUGAAAAACGUUUUAAUUCGGGAUAUAUAUUUUUAAAUAAUUAUACCAAUCAUCCUUUGUAGGUAAAGUUUAUAAAAUAGAAACAUAUAUGAGAAACUUGGACCUAAUUUUUAUUUCUAUAGUAAUAUAUAAUAAUUAACCAAGUUUUUUCCUUGAGUAUUUGAUAGAACAAAUUUUAGAAUGUCUUGUAAUUGUGUGACUUAUAAUAAAUAGAAUUAAAUCAAAAA